AAAAAUCAUGGAUGAGUUUUCAGACCAAGAAGAACACAACCAAACCCAAGUACCACCACAACCAACAAAAACACCUAGUCCUCCUCAACUCGAACCAAUAACGGCGUUUAACACAUGGCACAACAACAACAAGAACAAACCUAAGUACAAAGAAUGUUUAAAAAACCACGCCGUUAGUAUAGGCGGUCACGCUGUUGAUGGUUGUUGUGAAUUUCUUCCUUCAGGUGAAGAUGGUUCUAUUGAUUCACUCAAAUGUGCCGCCUGUAACUGCCACCGUAAUUUUCACCGUAAAGUGGUUAUUAGUGGUGAAACGACGGCGUUUGUUAUGCCAAGUUAUUAUAGAAGUUUACCACCACCACCACAAACAGCAGCAGCUUGUGGUUAUUUACAGUACCACGUGGCAACACAUCAGAGGCCGUUAGCUUUACCGUCAACUUGUGGUGGGGGUGGUGUGUAUCAUGAGGAUCAAGAGGACAUGUCCGGAGGUAGUGGCUCGAAGAAGCGGUUUCGGACAAAAUUUAGCCAAGAACAAAAGGAGAAAAUGCAAGAAGUGGCUGAUAAAUUGGGGUGGCGAAUACAAAGGGAAGAUGAAGAAUUGGUGCAACAAUUGUGCAAUGAGACUGGAAUUAGAAGGCAAGUGUUCAAAGUUUGGAUGCAUAACAACAAGCACACUCUUGGUAAAAAAACCCUAGAACCAAAUAAAGAAUAAACAAGCUCCAUUAUUUUUAGGUAUUUUGUUAAUAUUAUGUUAGAUAUGAAUUAAGUACUUAUUUUGCAUCUGGGAGUUCAAUUAAUCCACGUAUUUUAGUGUUAGAAGAGGAAGACGGAAUUAAUUUCAUAUGCUGGGUAGCUGGGAAUAUUUCUUCUUUAGUUAUUCUCAGUAGUAGUUAAUAUUAGUGGUACUAAAUUUUAGGCCAAGACUGCUCAUUUGUUGUACUAAUUCCACUUGUUUACUUGGAAAUUUUCGGUGCAUGUUAAGGUGGAUACGUUAAAUACAUCAUUCUGUUUAUUAGUUCUUCCAGUUUA